CCUUCGCUUCUCCCCACGCGAAUCCACCCACCCGCCCGCGCACUCGCCCGCCCUCACCUCCCCGCGAAGCCGGCGGCGGCAUAGUAGCGAUGGACGGCGCCGAGGCGCGGGACCUCCAGGCGCAGCUCGCCGCGGCCGUGCAAGCGCUCAACCACGGCGCGCACCCGUCCGCGCGCCUCGCCGCCAACCAGUGGCUCCUCGCCCUGCAGGGCUCGCCGCAGGCGUGGGCGCUGGCGGCCUCGCUGCUCGCCUCCCCGGACCCUUCCCUGCCCGCCGACCUGCUCUUCUUCGCCGCCCAGAUGCUCCGCCGGAAGAUCCAGUCACCUAGCGCGCCGCUCCCGGACCCUGCGGCGCAGCUUCUCGACGCGCUCCUCCUGGCGGCCCGCCGGUUCUGCCUCGGACCCCCGCGGCUGCUCACACAGAUCUGCCUGGCCCUCGCGGCGCUGGCGCUCCGCGCCGAGGGAGGCGUCGACGGCCUCUUUGCGCGGAUGCAGCACCUGCCAGACCCAGCCCUGCUGGAGCUGCUCACUGUGCUCCCCGAGGAGGUGGCGCAGGACCAGAGCGGUGACACGGGGGUCAACGCCGCCGCACGGUGCAGGUUCACGCGCGAGCUGCUCGCGCACGCCCCUGCGGUGCUCAAAUUCCUGCUCGCACAGUCUGAGAAGCCGGACGGCGCUGACGGGGUCUCCCUCCACGAGCGCAGCCGCAGAGUCCUGCGAUGCCUACUGAGCUGGGUCCGCGUCGGAUGCUUCUCGGGAAUGCCGGGAGCCGAGCUCGCUGCGCAUCCACUUCUCACGUUCGCGUUCAACUCCCUGCAGGUUUCCUCCUCGUUUGACGUGGCCAUAGAGGUUAUGACAGAGCUUGUCAGCCAGUACCAAGAUUUACCUCAGGCUUUUCUAAGCAAGAUUCUGCAUAUCAGGGAAGUUCUUCUUUUACCAGCUCUAGCCAACAGAAGUGAGAAGGUUAUCGCUGGUCUUACUAGUUUGAUGUGCGAAGUUGGUCUGGCAGCACCUGCUUUGGUUGCAGAAGGGAGUAAUCAAGCAAUUGCUCUUUCUGAUGCACUUUUGAGAUGUAUAGCAUUUUCUAGUGAAGAUUGGGAGAUUGCAGAUUCCACCUUGCAAUUUUGGUGCAGUUUGGCACAUUUUCUUCUUGGUAUUGAUGUGCAAGCAGCCAAAAGGAAUGCCACACGAGAGUUAUUUCUACCUGUGUUUUCUUCACUGCUAGAUGCUCUUCUAUUUCGUGCUCAGAUUACUGACACUGAUGGAGUAUCUACAAUACCCGAUGGACUAGCACAGUUCCGACUAAACUUGGAGGAGCUUCUUGUUGAUAUUUGUUUGCUUCUAGGUGCCCCCGCAUAUAUUAAUAAGCUUCUUUCUGGUGGUGGAUGGGGUUUGUCUACCCAAUCAAUUCCUUGGAAAGAGGUGGAAGUUAGAAUGUACGCACUUAGCAUGGUGUCUGACACAAUUUUACAAGAUGGAAGUCCCUUGGAUUUUUCAAUCAUAAUGCAUUUCGUGAACAUUCUGUCCAGCAGAACACCUGCUGAACUGAAUGGAUGUCAUUUCUUGGUAUACAAAUCGUUUGGCGAUGUCAUUGGUUCUUAUUCAAAGUGCUUAUCGUCUGCGAAAAGCAAUAUUAAACCAUUACUCCUAUUCUGUGCUUCAGGAAUUGCAAAAUCUGUAUCAGCAAAUGCUUGCUCCUUAGCUUUGCGUAAACUUUGUGAGGAUGCCUCGUCAUUCAUCCAUGAUCCUCAAAAUCUAGAAAUUCUUUUCUGGAUUAGUGAGGGUAUGGAUGAAGGGAACCUGCGGAUAGAGGAUGAAGAAGAGAUCAUUAGUGCUAUUACACAUGCUCUAUGUUCCGUUCUUGAUAAAGAGUUGAGGAAAAGUUCGCUGUCCAGGUUACUUUGUUCAAGCUAUUCAGCUGUUAAAAAGAUUAAUGACGUAGACAGAGAUCAAUCACUAAGGCAAGGCCCUGGUGCUUACACACAAGCCUUGAACCUUGCAGUUCGUGGACUUCACAGAAUGGGCGCUUUGUUCAGUCAUUUGGCAGCAUCGGUUGCAUCUGGUCUGAUUGAUGAUGAUACAAUUUCGGUUCUUCUCGGUAUAUUCUGGCCACUCCUUGAAAAACUUUCCAAGUCAUCUCAUAUGGAGAAUACUAGUUUAUCUGCAGCUGCUUGUCGUUCUCUUUCUUCAGCUAUUCAUUCUUGUGGACAACAUUUCCAAAUUUUGUUACCUAACAUUCUGGAAUGCUUAUCUACAAAUUUCUUGCUGUAUCAAAGGCAUGACUGCUUCUUAAAAACAGCUGCUAAUGUAAUUGAAGAAUUUGGCCACAAGGAAGAAUAUAGUGUUGUAUGUGUCAGAACUUUUGAAACGUUUAGCUCUGCAGCUUCACUGUCGAAUUUGAAUUCUUCUUAUACAUGUGAUCAAGAACCCGAUCUAGUUGAAGCCUAUGUGAACUUCACAUCUGCAUUUAUACGCUGCUGUCCAAAGGAAGUUAUCUUUGCAUCUGGCUCACUGCUUGAGUUGUCAUUUCAAAAGGCAGCUAUAUGCUCUACAGCAAUGCACCGAGGAGCAGCACUUGCAGCAAUGUCCUAUUUAUCAUGUUUUCUCGAUGUUAGCCUCACUGCUGUGCUGGAAUCUCCAGAAUGCCUCUCUGAUGGAUCACGUGAUGUGGUGCUAGUUCAAAUUUUGGCACGCUGUGGUGAAGGUCUUAUGUCUAAUGUACUUUAUGCUCUACUUGGUGUCUCAGCCUUGUCAAGGGUGCAUAAAUCUGCAACAGUGUUGCAGCAGUUGGGGGCAUUGUGCAGCCUCUGUGAGAGAACAACAUGGAAGGCUAUUCUUUGUUGGGAUUCCCUUUGUAGGUGGCUGCAGUCAACGGUGAAAUCUUUGCCCUCGGAGUACCUAAGGCAUGGGGAAGCUGAGAUGAUAAUUCAAUUAUGGCUCAAGGUUCUUCAGGAUGCAGCCUCAGACUAUCUUCACAGCAGGACCGUCAGUAAUGGCAGAAACCAUCCUGGUUACAUGCAAGGAAAAGGCGGAAGAACCCUUAAACGCAUAAUUCGAGACUUUGCAGAAAGCCAUCGAAAUAUUCCAAUCCCGUGCCCUGCAUGAUAGCCGGUGGAGUGGCCUUCGACAGUCCUGUUUAGUUUGUUGAAGAAGCUUCCAUGAGCUUAAAGAGGGUCUGUGUUUUGGGGUCACAGUGCAUAAUGUUGAUCCAAGGUUUUAUGUCCGUAUUAUCUUUAAGCUGGCCAAGCAGGAUGUUUGUUGAUUUAUAUGUGAAGACUGGGUUGGGAGCUUUGGCCUGCUUUCUAUGCCAUUUCACUGAAGAAGGGGACGCGAUCAGCCAAGACAGGUUGCUCGGCUGAAUAUUCUUUAUGAAGCUAUCCAGUAUGUUAAUGCAACCCGCUGCACUGAAGAAUGAAAGUUAGAGAUCUAUAUCCCACGCUUGUGCAACGCUUGUUAUUCUUGGAAGCUUGGAAAGAAGAAUAGGGAAGGAACAUGUGAUGGUUGUGCAUAUUAUUCUUUUGCAGUUAGGCUGACGUACAAAAUCAUCUGCAUUAUUUGUUGCAAGAUGCAAGAGGGAUAAGAAUUAUCCUUGGCACUUUAAAAUUUAGGGUAAACAGACUCAAAAACCUUAGUGUGUGGGUUCACUUCCAUGUGUGCCCAUCGCUGCACCUACACCCCAGGAGAGUCAUAAAAACCUUAUUCGGUAUUACAGGGCAAAGUGGCAUUUAGUCAAAUAUAUUAUAAACUGAGGGUUUCGAAGGCAACAUUUUUAGGACUAUGUAUAUUUGUUACUACAUCUGCGUCGCCCCAGCAAAUUUUCACCCAGUGAAUAUGCUGGUUAUUGAAGUCCUCUUAUUUGCCAGAUGGGAGCAUUCCCAAUAUCUUCUGCAUUGAGUUUGGUGUUGAAAAACAAGAAUUGAUCUCUUUGAAACCGUACAUGAAUUUUCAGCUGUCU